AUCUAAUAAUAGGAUAUAUACAAAAUUUUUUAAAUAUGAAAGAAACAUCAAUUCUUCCAUUUCUUCAUAUUAUAGAGAAUCUUAAAACAACACCUAGAACAGGUUGGCUAAAUUUCAAUAUAGAUAAUCCAGGUUUUAAUAUAUCUAUGAAUUCAUAUAUUUAAACAAGAACAGAAUCCAUUGCAAGUCAUAUGUAUAGAAUGUCUAUUAUUUCUAUGUUAUGUACAGAACCAUCUAUUAAUCGUGAUAAAUGUAUAAAAAUGGCACUUAUUCAUGAUAUGGCAGAAUGUAUUGUAGGUGAUAUAACACCGUUUGAUAAGAUAUCACCAGAAGAGAAACAUCAACGUGAAUUAGAGGCUAUGAUAACCCUUACAUCUAAAAUUCUACCUAAAACAAGAUCACAAGCAGCCAAGGAAAUGAUUGAUCUGUUUUUAGAAUAUGAAGAAGGAAAAACUCCAGAAGCAUUAUUUGUAAAGGACAUUGAUAAAUUUGAAUUAUUAGUACAAAUGGUUGAAUAUGAGAAAAGAACAAGAAAAAAUUUACAACAAUUCCUAUGUGUUAUUCCAAAAAUAAGGAAUUCUUUAAUUUUAGAAUGGGUAAAUGAUGUUUUAAAGGAAAGAGAAGAGUUCUGGGCAUCUAUAAAUCAAUAAAUUCAUUUUUAUUUCAAAAAUUAAAUAAUAUAAACAUUUU